GUGAUGUGAUGAUGGCUGGCAGGUUUCAAACUCGAUUUAAUAAAAUUUUAUGGUGUGCGAAUUGUUUUGUGGAUAAUGAUUGAAGCUAUUCGAGAUGUUAAGAAAAAUAAAAUGUGUGCAUAAAUGGGUACAACAGAUUCAUUGCCUACACGAAGUUCAUGGCAAUGUGUUCGUUGUACUUUUAUGAACAAUCUUACAACAAGUUCUCAAUGCCAGAUGUGUGGAAUUGAUCGAGAGACUAAAUUUUGGAUAUGUUUGAAGUGUGGGUCAAAUAAUCCACAAUAUAUUGUAUUAUGUAAUUUUUGUGGUGCGGAACAAAACGCUUUUUCUGUUAAAAGCAAAAGUUGGACUUGCACAAAAUGUACAUUUAUCAACACUUCAGAUUCUUUGUGCUGUAGAGUUUGUAAACAUGGCAGAAGUUCAAAUGAUGCAGCUUUUGCCUUACCUAGGGGCAUAGUUAAUGUUGAAGUUGACUCAAAUCUUGUGAGAGAAUACAAACAGGAUGUAUUAAAGUGUCAAAAAUGUCAAACAUUAUUAUUUGACAAUCCAGGUUUGCAUUGUCUGGUGUGUAAAACCCCUUGCUUUUAUGAAGGAUUUAAACCAAGACCUUUUCCUCAGUCAUCUCUGCCAAGAGAAAACAAAGUUAUAUCUAGUUUGUCUGAUAUAUGGCAAUGCCAAAGAUGUACAUCAUUAAAUGGUCCAGAAAACAAUGAAUGUUAUGUCUGUAAAAAAUCCAAACACUGCGAACCUGAGGAUAUGUUUGCCAAGUUUGAUGGUUCAUGGAUAUGUUCAUUAUGUACUUUGAGAAACAGUAAUGCAGUUAAAUUUUGUAACGCAUGCGAUUCCAGUAAAGAUAGUUUUAUGUUGACAACAAAUGCCAGCGGACUUAGUCCUUCAAGUUCACAAAGUCAUAUAAAGUAUGAAACUAUUGAUGUUGAAACAAAAAGGAUUCACGAUGAAGACAAAGCCAAAGAACAGUGGAAAAAUAUUGUAGAUAUUUGCUCACAGCAUAACAUGUCAUUUGUGGAUGAUUCAUUUCCUCCUGACCCUAGUUCAUUGUACAUAAAACCAAGAGAAUCAACCAAUCCUCGUGUAUCUCAAUGGUUAAGACCCCAUCAAUUGACAUCUCAGUCAUCAUUACCUUGGAAAGUUUUUCGUGAACCAAGUCCAUCGGACAUAUUACAAGGGGUGUUGGGGGAUUGUUGGCUUUUGAGUGCCUUGGCUGUUCUUACUGAACGUCCGAAUCUUAUACAAAAAAUCAUCAUAACAAGAGAGCUCUGUGCUGAAGGAGCUUAUCAAAUCAGGUUAUGCAAGGAUGGAAGAUGGACUGUUGUAUUAGUAGAUGAUCUUCUUCCUUGUAACAAAUAUGGAAUUCCUGUUUAUUCACAGGCUGCAAGACAGCAAUUGUGGGUACCUUUAAUUGAAAAGGCAAUGGCAAAACUUCAUGGAUGUUAUGAAGCAUUGGUUGCGGGAAGAUCUAUUGAGGGUUUAUGUAUUUUAACUGGUGCUCCUUGUGACACCAUACGACUACAAGGUAUGGGCUCAAAUAACGAAGUCAUCGAUAAAGAUUUGGUUUGGGCAAAAUUACUUAGCAGCAGAAAUGCGGGGUAUUUGAUGGGAGCUUCUUGUGGAGGUAAUGCUCAAGAUAUUGAUGAGGGUAUUUAUGCUAGUGUUGGUCUCCAAUCACGCCAUGCAUAUUCAAUACUUGAUAUAAGAAAUGCUCAAGGAAACAAACUUCUUCGACUCCGCAAUCCGUGGGGAAGAUUUUCGUGGAGAGGAAAUUGGUCAGAUACAUCGCCAUUAUGGACAGCAGAACUGAGAAAGGAAUUGCUUCCACAUGGUUGUGACGAAGGAUUAUUUUGGAUUUCAUUUGAAGAUAUGAUGCUAUAUUUUGAUUGUGUUGAUGUGUGCAAGAUGCGAGAAGACUGGACCGAAACAAGAAUCGAUGGUGUUUUCCCGUCUUAUGCUUUGGGUCCAAUUGAGGUGAUUUCUGUAGCUGCGUUUUCAACAACUGAAAUAGAUCUCUGUGUUUACCAAAGUACAUCCAGAGGAUCUCCAUGCAAGCAUUGUUGUUUGAUCUUUGUAUAUUUCUGUAUCGUUCAAUGCCUAACACAAGUCCUCCACAAUUGAUUUCAAUUAUUGGUCAUAGUAAACGCAGCGUGAAAGGAAGUGUUUCUUUCAGUGUAUUAGUUGAAGAAGGAACGUACAUUGCCGUUGUAACAUCAUUUAAUUAUUGGCUUUCUUAUGGAAUGGAACAAAUGUCUUCCUCAGCAUAUGUCUUAGCUGUUCACAGCUCAAGAUCUGUUAUGAUAGAAAAAAUGGCUGCAAAAGAAUUCUUUUUAGCCGAUGCCAUAAUAUUAAUGACCAUUAAGAAAGGGAAGACACAUACGACAAGUAAUUGUUGUUUUGACACAACUUGAAGGAAACGAUGGAUUUUCAGUGUCCCAUCGACUGAACUUUCGAACAAUGACGUGU